CACUUUCGCGCCGAGUUCCGUUCGACUCCACUUCCCAUUAAGCGCCGCCGCAGUAUCAAGACUUUUCUAUUCCCAACAUCAUUAUCUACGUUGUAUAUUAUACGUUAGCGCAUGGUGUAGUCGAAGAGAGCCGAUCCGUGAAGAUACCGGUUGCGUUCAGCUCGCGAGGCUCUCACUCGUUUCAACUCACGACUGCUGCGCGCUGCUCUGUCGUGUAGGAGGAACAUGGUCUCUUUCUGACGACUUUUAUUAGGAACCACGUCGUUCCAGUACUAUACUUUUCUUUAAUAUAUACUAGCCUCGAGUCACCUGCCUGUCCCCAGCUAUGACUAUGAGUGCGGGAUACACAAUUUCGCCCGCGUCGCUCGACCUUCGCGACCACCUAAAGGAUCGGGCGCAACAAACCCACCACGACACCCAUUACAACUACCAUUACAACCACAAUCAGAAAGGACCUGUCACUCCCGUCGAGUCCCAUCUCCUGUCGCCAUAUUCUUCUCACCUUCAAAGCAACUCUGCCUCCCCUACGGGCAACUUCAACACCCCCGCAGACUCUGUCUCCACCGAUAUCUACCAGUCGAGUGACUUUAGCAGCAGCGAAUUUAGUGACGCUUUUCUCACUGUCGAUUUCGACAACGUUGGGAGUGGUGUGCCUCAAUUCCUCGAAGGCUUUGACGACUCGCAAGACUCCCUAAACUAUCAUACACAAGACGAGGACAAUGAAGUUAUAAAUGUUAAGUAUCCUUUGAGCCCUCACCAGACGCCUUGUAUACCAUCAACCUCGGCAUUUAGCGAUAGUGUAGAUGCAAGCACCGACUUAAGAGCUUCAGCACCAGCUCAGCAAUUCGCAAACCAAGCUCGACCCUCUACGAAUUCUGUUGACUCGAACCAAUCUGCGCCGCAGCUGACGCCUGAUACCAACGGCGGUAGUUUUUCAAGUGAUGAUCACUCUGCACCAACUACUCUCGCCAUGGCCACGCAGAGUCCGCGCGUGACUGUUUCCAUGUGGAAUAGGGAUGAAGACGCUCCGAUACAAGGUGUUGAGAGGUCUUUCACUGCGCGCACUGAAAGUUCUCGGGCAGUGCAGGCUUCGCACAGUUUGGCCGGCGAUUUAGCUGGGGAUCCGACUCAUGAGAAUAUACCAAAUGUGUUACGGGAUGCGCACGGUAGCUGGAUACCACACUCUGCUGCCGGAUACCGGGGUCUCGCUCCUGGAGAUCGUCCUUCUGGGGAGGUCCCAAGCCCCAACCAGCAAGCUUCUCGCAGGGAGCGUGAUGAGAAGAAUAAGGAAGUCUUCGACUGGGUUUGGUCGGCUGGCAAUCCAAACGACCUCUCUGGUGGCUCGGAUGGCUCUUCUAACAUAGUUGUUGGCGGACAAGGCUCGGACGACGACAACAUACCGACUGGGGAAAUUCCUCUGGGGAACACGACUGAGAAUAAACACCUCCCUGGUCAGGCGUAUCUUAAUGUGGACGCUCCUGGAGGACCGCUCACGCAAGCUGAUUUCGAUAUAAUGCGACAACUUCCAACUUGGGGUGAUGCGCCGGCCAUUCAUGCCAUCCAAUCAGGUAGUUCUCGAUACCAGCCGGCGACAUCACAAGCUGCCAUCGAGAAGUUCAACCGCCAAUGCCAAGACAAUGAAUCCAUUGUUUCAAGAGCAGCUACUUGGGGCACUCGACGGAGGAGCUUGCCUAGUAUUGUGGACAUGGAAGGAAUUGUCAGUGGAAAUUUCUUGAAAAAGCUGUCCAUCAGCGGACAUACUCGUCGGCCGAGCUUUAUUAAAAGGUUUCCUAGUCUCGUACGGAAGCCUAGCGCCAGCCAAAUCUUGAAGCGCAAGAAUAGCAAUGCUAGCGAUGUGUCGCCAGAGGAGUCUGAAGAUAAUGAGCGUCGCCGGGAGUCUAAGGAUACCUUGGCACCACCGUCGCGCACGUCUAGCUGGGGAAUUAGUGGGAUCAGUGGAAUUAGCAAGAAGCCCACGCCUAGCCUGAACACAGCUUUAGUUGGAAUGGCCACUGGCGCUGCUUCCAUAGGCACCACCCAUGCCCGAAGUGGUUCGAUUAGCGCAACCUCGAUAACUUCUCCUAAAAGCCCGUUCGGAUCCCUAGGACCUCCCGUAAAGAAUGCUCUUACAAGAAGAAGGAGCAAGACGGAGCUUCCCAGGGGAUCCAACCCAGAAAAUAUAAUCGGAAUGCUGAAGAAACAAGGUGGCCCACCCGUUGCUUCACUGGCAAGAACUAAGCCGGCAGUGGAACAAGACGAGGACGAGGACGAGGACGACGAGGGAUUUGACGACGGCGAUAUCAAGACCGAACCUAAUAGACUUCAAAUCAUCGAGCCGACUUUCGCGGGUUUCCGGAGUCAUAUCAUGGGUUUGAAUCCUCAGUUCCCACGCGAGAACAGCUGGUUGGCUGACCGUAUUGCGCACCAAAUGGUCAUGCGCUACAAGCAGCUUCAAAGUGCUAAAGUCAGGCAUUUGAACCAAGUUAAGCAACAAAAAUGCCCUUGUGGUCCAAGGUGCCUUUCGCUUGGCGGAUCAGCAGUGUCCUUAGAGGGCAGGGGAGGUGAGCGAGGUGUCGACCCUUUAUCAGCUCGGCCGGAUUCCUCGGAUGGUGACACCAACCCACUCGAGGGCGGUAUCAACUCGGAAAGUUUCCCUCUGGGUAUUCCUAUGCCUCCGAUAAUGUCUCUCCCAGCCGAAUUCGAGUGUCAGCUGUGCUUUGCGAGCAAGAAAUUCCAGAAGCCCUCUGACUGGACCAAGCAUGUCCAUGAGGACGUUCAGCCGUUCACGUGCACUUGGGAAAAGUGCCGUGAUCCGAAGAUGUUCAAACGGAAAGCUGAUUGGGUCCGUCACGAAAACGAGGGCCAUCGCCACCUUGAGUGGUGGCUGUGCGACGUAGAUGACUGCCGGCACGUAUGCUAUAGACGCGACAACUUCCUGCAGCAUCUGGUUCGCGAGCACAAGUACACUGAACCGAAGAUCAAGACGAAAGCCGCCAUCAAGAAGGCUGGCGGCGGUGAUCGUACGUGGAUGAAAGUAGAAUCAUGCCACGUAGAAACCCAAGUUAAGCCGUCCGAAGAGCCUUGCCGAUUCUGUCGGAAGACUUUCCCUACCUGGAAGAAACUUACGGUCCACUUGGCAAAGCACAUGGAGCACAUCAGCCUCCCUGUUUUGGACGUAGUAAAAAGAAAAGAACUAGAUGCGGACACGGUUAUCAGCCCAAUUCAAGACCCCCCACGCCCUAACUUCCCGGUGUCUUCAAUCAAACAGGAACCUUCGACGUUUAGCCCGCAAAGCGCUAGUAUGGCGUCGAAUCCCAUUUCGAUGGACUACACCCCAAAUAAUCUCAAUUACGGCAUGCCAAAUAUGUCACUGCAAAAUUCCUUCUACGGCCAGCACCAGAUGGCUCAGCAAUAUGCUGAUAUGUCCCCUAACCCAGGGACUAACUUGAUGACGCCAAAUUAUAACAUCCCUCAGCCUCCACAACCACAAUACCAUCCGUUGCCGGUCACCACGGGCCCCUCUUAUGGCUCUUCUGCAGAUGCCUACACGAAUAUGCAGCCUCAGCCAGAAGGACUGGAACCAUUCCCCCAGCUCGAUCUGAACCCCCUAGGGAUCCAGGAGCCUGGUGGAUCUUUUGGCUACGAUAACCUCGGGAAUCCUGCCAUGCAGCCCGUCGAGCAGUAUGGCAAUCAUCCAGGUUCAGUCUCACCAUACGGCCACUCACCUCACCAAGGUCAUGGGGCCUUCUACAAUCCAUGAAUGAUAUACCAACUAUUUCUUUUUCAUUGCGGUGCACGUUUGGAAUUCUCCUUACAACAGAUACCCCCGAGCUGGAGUUCGCCGGAUGGCCUUGGUUGAGCAGGGUAUACUUCUCUACGUUCCUGAAAUCAUUUACUUAGGACUUUUUAUAUGCAAUCUAACGAUAUCCCAUGGCGUUAUUUGGGCGAUAUGUAUAUCAUGUUUGGAUUCACGUCCGGUCCCCACAAGACCGCUGAAUCUCUCCAGCCGUUCUAUGUCGUAGUGUAUCUCUUAUGUCGGGAGCGCACACGUAGCUGGACUGGGUUCUUUUCGUCUCUCUUUUUUUUUUUCUCUAGGGCAAUGUUUGGUGGUAGAAAAGGGUUACGAAUGACUUUUGGGUACGAAAUGAUGGGCGGGCGGAUAACGAAUUCUUUCCAAGAAUAAAUAACGGCAGCGGAAUGCACACAAUCCGAUCUGAUGAGAAGCGCUUUCUUUCUUUUCAAGUCGUCGGGACCGGAGGGCGGUUUGGUGUGCUUUUCUCUAGAUCUCAAUAGACUUCUCGCUUAUAUUUCAUGAAU